GGAACAUGCCGAAACGGAUCAAACGGGCCCUUUGCCCCCACGAACUACACAAACACCCUCACCAAGCAAAGCAAAUACCCGUGUGCACGCUUCCGAUGCGCUCGGCGCGUUCGAGAGUCAAGCCCGAUCCCGAUCGCCACCAGCGCAGCUACGCCACACCACACCACACCACACGGAAUCCAGCCCCAAACGCCACCAAAUACCUGCACACCCAAAAGCAGCAGCAGAUAUUCCGAUCCGGCAAAAACAAUUCCAGAGACAGAGAGAUUAUCCCCCCCACCCCCCAAAUCCCGUUCCAAAAUUCCAAUCUUUUAAUUUGGGUUUUCCUCCAGCUCCGUCCCUCGGAGCAGUAAUGAGGAGGAAAAGGAGAAAACGAAAAAGCUCCAGGAAAACAACGCACCAGCACACAUCGACUCAUCAAGAGAGGAAGCAAGUGCCGCGAUGUGAAGUGAGCAGGCAGGCAGGGGCAAAAAUCUGAUCUUGACGCCUCCGCGCGGCCGUAAAAAAUCUGAUCUUGACUCCUCCUGGGGCUCGUACUGUUCUAAAGUUUGUGCCUUUGUGAUAAGAGAUUGUUGUUAGCCGCUGGCUUAGUUGGUUGGUCGCUGCUGCUAAUGAGCCCUGCGUGCCUAAUCCCGCCUGAGUUUUUGUUCGGGUUCUUGGAGAGAGAUUUUUUCUCUCUCUCUCUGGAUUGAUCGCGGAGCCGCGCUUGGUGUGGUUGUUUGUGUGUUCGGUUCGAUCGGGAUGGGGGCGUGGGCCGAUUCGCCACCACAACAAGUACGCCUCUUCUUUUUUAUUGCCUCCGCAGUGGGAUUUGCCUCGGCGUUGUUGUAGCUAUUUCCGCAAAUCGUUUAGGGCUGGCUCCUCGUUCUCGCGCACUUUACUCUUCUUUUCCCCUUUGCCCCGGAUCGAAUCCGCCCUUUCCCCUCCGCGUCCGGUGCCGAGGCCGUCGAUUUGAGCUGCGCCGCCGCCGAUUCGGCCACAAAACCGCGUCUUGGGUUUGUUCCAUGAAGGAGUGAAGUGGAUUUGGUAGGGGAGGGGCGUGUUCUGCUUGGGCUCCAGCCAUGUCUCAAAUCCAGAGCUUCUCGCGGAACAACUGCGUGCUCCUCGCGGUGCUCUGUGGGAAGCAUGCCGAUAAGCGUGUGCCGGCGAGGGUGGGGCCGGAGGCGAAGCGACUGCGGCCGUCGUACCCGUUCCCGGAGCUCAGCUCGGCUGGGAGAUUGGAGGUGCACACACUGUUCAAUCCUACACCGGAGCAGUUCCUCGAGGCGCAGCGGGUGGUACAGCCCAAUUUCUUGUACAUCCAAGGGCAGCAGCUCGAUGAUGAGAAGGAGAUUGGUUCACUUGUGUGGGGCGACGCCGAUGUGUCUGACCCGCAGGCAUUUAGCUCUCUCAUCAGCCCACCAUUCCCCACGAUUGUUUAUCUGGAAGUUCCUAUUGGCGAAAAACUUGCCCAAGCAGUUCAUACAAAGGGAAUCCCAUAUGUAAUAUACUGGAGAAACUCAUUUUCAUCUUAUGCGGCAUCUCAUUUUCGCCAUGCAUUGAUGUCAGUGAUACAAAGGUAUUGGCUUCCUUUCCUCGCCUUCUAUUAUCUUCAAAUAGAAAUAUUAGCUGAUAAUUUUCUUAUGUUUGGAUGUAGUUCGGUGAGCCAUACAUGGGAUGCUUUUCAGCUUGCUCAUGCAUCCUUCCGGCUAUAUUGUGUGAGAAACAAUCAUGUGCAAAGUGUUAAGCUUGGGCCUCGUCUACUGGGAGAUGCUCCAAAAAUAAAUAUAUGCCCGCCAGAGAAUGAAAUGGCUGAGGAAGAAGGUUCUUCUGAAGGGUUCCCUGCUAUAAAAAUAUAUGAUGAAGAAAUCAACAUGAAAUUUCUUCUCUGUGGAGUGCCAUGCACCCUGGAUCCUUGUUUAUUGGGCUCUUUAGAAGACGGUCUGAAUGCACUUCUGAAUAUCGAGAUUCGUGGGAGCAAACUGCAGAACCGAGUCAGUGCUUCUCCACCUCCUCUUGAAGCUGCAUCGUUACCACGUGGUAUGGUUACAAUGCGUUGUGAUAUUAGUACUUGCAGUUCUUCUCAUGUGUCGCUCCUUGUUUCUGGUAGCGCACAGACUUGUUUUGAUGAUCAGCUUCUAGAGAGCCACAUCAAGAAUGAAAUUAUUGAGAAGAGCCAGUUAGUUCGUGCUCUUUCAAAUAGUGAGGAUAAGUUAUCAUCAAGUGAGCCUUUAAUCUCCAUGUCCACAGCUUGUGGGGCUUCUACAUUUGAAGUUUGGAUGUCCCUUCCUAAGUGGGCAGCACAGGUUCUCAAGCAUCUAGCACCAGAAAUGUCAUAUAGAAGCUUAGUCGCACUUGGAAUUGGUUGUAUAAAUGGUACUCCCGUCGCUUCAUUCGAGAGACAAGAUGCAGACCGCCUUCUUUUCUUUUGCACAGGUCAACGUAAAGAUUUAGCUACUGAAAAUGGUCCGCAUUUCCAUCUGCCGAGAUGGUCUGCCUCCCUUACCAAGGACAGAACAAAGGUAGGUUCAGAAUCAAAACCAAAUUUGAUUGGUGCAAAUGGAGUUUUAGAAGACAAGAAACACCUUACGGAAGGGCCUUCCUCGUUCCCAUCCAUCAAGUCUAAAUUGAAGCCUGCGACUAUGAGGCCCAUCCCUCGUUCUCGAAAGCAACAAAUGCACCCUUUUAUGGGUUUCCCUGAAGCCACCGUUCAUGAAGCUAGUCAGAUUAAGCUGAACUUGCCAGUUGCGCCACCUGUGAAGCAUAGUUUAGCACCUGCUGCCCCAACAACGCAUAGAAAAUCAACAUCAGGGUCGUCCCAUACACAAUCAGUCAUUCAAUUGAAUCCUCUGCCAAUGAAGAAGCAUGGAUGUGAUAGGUUGCCUAUCCAAAUGUGCUCUGAGGAGGACUUCCUGAAGGAUGUCAUGCAGUUUUUAAUUCAGAGGGGCCACAAUCGACUUGUACCUCAUGGAGGACUAGCUGAAUUUCCUGAUGCAAUCCUUAAUGCAAAGCGCCUUGAUCUCUAUAACUUGUACAAAGAGGUGGUAUCUAGGGGUGGAUUUUAUGUGGGCAAUGGCAUUAAUUGGAAGGGUCAAGUCUUCUCAAAGAUGCGCAACCAUACUGCAACAAAUAGAAUGACUGGUGUUGGAAACACAUUGAAAAGGCAUUAUGAGACAUACUUGUUGGAAUAUGAGUUAGCGCAUGAUGAUGUGGAUGGGGAAUGCUGCUUACUUUGUCACAGUAGCGCACCUGGAGAUUGGGUGAACUGUGGUUUAUGUGGUGAAUGGGCCCACUUUGGUUGCGAUAGACGACAAGGGCUAGGCACUUUCAAGGAUUAUGCAAAGACAGAUGGAUUGGAAUACAUCUGCCCCCACUGUAGUCUAGCAAACUACAAGAAGAAGCUGCCCCAGCCCCCGAAAGUUGCUAAUGGUUUUGCGAAUGCCGCUACUGUAUCACGAAAUGCUUAAUUUUCUUCAUUUGCCCCCUUUUUCUUUUUUGCUUCUUUGCCCCAUGUUUUGGGGAGAAUAGUUAUUAUAGUAGAGAAUAGGCUGAUGGAAACAGGGCGAGAGGGCCUUGAAUGUAUGUAGUGUUUGAUCUGUAUUAUCCCAUUAAUUUAGCAAUUCUAAGAUUUAUAUAGCAUGUAACAACUGACAACACAGAGAAGUUCCUAUAGUAGUUUCUGGUUAGAUUCA